UCCUUUUGUUGUUGACAAAAACCGGUAUCCCAUUACGAUUUCAUUGAGAAAAAAAAUUAUAUCCCUCAUCAGACACUGUUUUGCAGUAACUGGCUGAGUGCACUCUGCCCACAUUACAAGCAUUGCAUGCCCAGUUUCGGCUGCAAUGCGCUUUUGGUGAUGCCAGCAAGAGCGCGGCUGUGUCAGUGCAAGUCCUUCUUUUCAGGACUCUGGUCUGGGGACAAAAGCCCGAAACGUCGACCUUCCUGCUCCUCUGGUGCUCCCGGACCUGCUGUGUUCAUCCAGCUCCACACCUUGUUCGGUCGGUUCCAGACCCAGGGCUACGCGGCCCCUUUAAAUCUGCUGCUGACGGGUUCCUGGAGGAGGUGGCGCCAUUGCUGCCUGAGAUCAGGGAUUUUGCAGGCCGGCGGUCGGAGGUUGGAGCAUUCAAUGAUCAAGGGAAUGCCCCCUUUGCCAGGUGCAGAACUUGUGCAGACACCGGUCCAGUUAUAUCGGUAUCUCUUUCGAUGCUGCAAGCAACUUCCUGCAAAAAACAUACAGCAACAUUACAAACAUGCAAUACGGCAGAAUUUUAACGUUCAUGCAGAUGAAGAUGAUCCAGAACGAAUCAAACAGAUCAUCAAAAGAGCAAUUGAAGAUGCUGACUGGAUCUUGUCUAAAAGGCAAAUUGGAGAGCUUGGUAUCAUAGAUCAUGAGAUCCUCAGCAGCUGCUUGUUACACAGGAUACAAAAUGGAGACAUAAUAAAGUAUUAUCACACAGAUAAACAGUAUGGAAAUCAUGAAACAUCAUGAGAUAUUCUUGAAAUGUAAGAUUUUCAACUCCACAACAGUAGCAGAGUCUUUGAGCCACAGUGGGUGGUCAUUUCUGCCCUUCUGCAAGUCACCCAGGCUAUGAUAUGGGUUACCAGCCAAGCCAAUGACAGAACCAGAAAACCUCUAGUGUUAGUGACAGAGGAGCUGGAAACGUUUCGGGCAACAACUGGUUACAAGCCAAGGAUCUGUGUGGUAGACAGCUGUAUUUCCUUAAAGCACACAUGAAGCAAUCGAAGGAAAACCACCUCAUGGCAUUCUUUACCCAGUCAAGGGGCUUAUUAAAAUUAAAAAUGAGAGACACUUAUGGACACCUGAAGAGGAAAGAUUGUGAGGCACAUAAAAAUGAGCACAGGAUCUGCUCUUGGGCACUUAAUUACUGCAAUGCGAUGUUAAGAGUAUUGGACACUCUAGACAUCCCCCCAUUGAGACAUAGAGCACUUAGUGGUGGGCAACAAAUACACCAUUGUGCACCUUAUGCCAUCUGACACCGUUAUAAUUAACCCUGGGAGCUAGUGAUUCAUGAAAUCACUCUAUUUGGAGCGAGCCAGUGGAUCUGUUAAAUAUUGGUGAUAACAGAGGCACAAAUCCCAUCUAGUUUCGGCUAAGGGAGUUAGUUCUUUAUACUGAAAAACAUGGCCAUUUUCCAAAAGUGUUGUAAUUAUUUUGGUUUGAUGUCAUAGCAGGAAGUAAAUAUUCUGUCUUUCUUUCUCUGCAUUUACAAGAAGGAAACUGAGAACGAUAGUCUUAUGGUUCUAGAUAAGACAAUGAUUGACUGUGUAUCAAAAUUUGUUAUGAGUGGUUUAUUGCAAUUGCAUGAGUGUGCUGUGUCUGCCUGGUAUCCAGGACAAGAGCCUAUUGCACAAAAGUAACCAAAUUUUACUGAGCAGUUCAGGAUCGGCAAUAAAUGCUAGCCUAGCAGGGAUGUUUACAUCCUGUGAAUGAAUUUUUAAAAAAGUCCUAUUAGAGAUUGCACCACUCAACUGAACCUGAGAGGGUGUAUUUAGUCUGUCACAAUAAAUGGCUACUAUUCAGAUUAUAUCUGUAAUCAUCUGUAAAUUAUAGCCUAGUUGUAAAAUUGUGUUCAAAUCCUGUUAGCAGUGGAAUUUGAAUUCAAUAAAAAGGAAUUCUGGACUCUUGAAACCAUUGCUGCUUGAUGGGGAAACCCCAUCUAGUUCACUGAUGUCCUUCAGAAAGAAAAUCUGCCAUUCUGACCUGAUCUGGUUCACAUAUUAAUCCAUGCCCACAGCAAUUAAGUUGACUUUCAUAUACCCUCUGAAUGGACUAACAAGCCACGCAGUUCAAGGACAGCUGGGGAUAGGCAAUAAGCCAGCCAGUGAUCCCCAUAGCCCACUGUUGAUUCUUUUUAAAUAUGAGCUUGAAUAACCAUCAAAUGAGUAAUGCAAAACAAGAAAAAAUAUUCUUCAAAUCAGGCAGCAUUGUACAGAAAGCAAACACCACUGCUUAAAAUGUGGAUUUCACAUCAAGGCAGACACAUGAAAAGCCCACACCAGGAUUGUUAACUCCUGUUUAUAUUAAGUUACUGUUCUCAUUUCUUACACCUAGCACUUGCAAUUCCUUAUGCUUUCAAUAAUACAUUGUCUGGUACAAUUAUCGACCUGUUAUACUUACCUUACAAUGACAGUAUCUUGUGGUUAAUGUAAUAAAACAUGCAACGUGUUUCAAUACAUUGUAAUCAAAAAUUGAGAGUGAGGUAAGUCAUUUGGAGCAUGACUGAUCACUUGGUCAGAGGUGUGCUUUACAAAAGAUUUUACCUGGGAAAGAGCAGGAGAGAAAUACAAGUCUGAGAACCCAGUUCGGCUGUUGAUAGUGAAGUGGUUGGGAGAUGAAUAAGAAACACAAGGAGGAAUACAGAUUUCUCAGGGUGGUUAUAGAGAUGAAGGAGGUUAAUGUGAACAGGAUGGGUGGAUCGCUGUAGAUUAGGGAGCACAUCAAUGUUAAGUGAAUGAUGCUCGGUAUGGGUUAGAAUAUGGACAAGAGAGAUUUGAAAGAGCUGAGACAUCUGGAAAUGCCAUAAUCCACAAGUGAAUGCUUUGAGAGCAGAUGAUCAAGAAGAGGUGUUGAAACUAAUAGUGUUUAGGAGGUAUAUGUAGGAUUAGUGAUGGCAAUAUGGGAGCGGGAUAGGGAUCCAUGGCUGUGAAAAAUUGGUUUCACCUGAGACAAAGGCCAGGAGAGUGAUGAACUUCACAUGAAAUACAUGGUACAGGUUUUGUGGUUGAACCUGUCAUGCUACCUUCAAUCUUUCAAAUAUGUAACCAGAGAAAAUAGUGCCUUACCUAUUAUUUUAGUAUGAAUGUAAAAAUAUAAUCUGACAUUUCCAAUUUUGAAGUAUCAUUGACCAUUUUGAAUACAUAAUAAUGGUGGUGUUUCCAUUCAGCUUUUUGAUGAUGGAUGUGUGAUGUUGUCACUUGAAGAUUGGAUAAACAGUGUAAAGUUUUCAUUUUGAUGAUGUCUUUUCUUAACCAGUGAUGGUACCACUAGUCUCUCAAUGACAUUCGUUUGCUGUGAUAAUGCUUUGAUCACCAGACAGCUCUCAUUCCGACCACACUCACUGUAUUCUCAUAUCUUGUCUAGUGCAAGUACAUCUGUUAGUUUUGUCAAGUAAAGUUUAGAGAAGCAUAACCUUUACCUAAAAAAAAUCAGUUUACUUGCUGUUCACCCAGUCUUCAGCAGAAACUUCAGCAGAAAAUUGGCAUGAUCACUGGACAGGAGUGUCAAUUGAAGCAUUUGUUUUCAGGAUAUUUGCAGCUCUUCCACCAAAAUCCUGGUGAACAACUGGGAGAACAUGAGGAGAAAUUUAUCACCUACCUGGAGAAAUUCACAUGGAUUAUUAAAAUAUUAGAAAGUUUUCACAACAGAAAGGAGCAUCUGUUAUAUUUUGGUGAACCAAGAAACCUAGACUUGAGAAAGAAAGAGAGAAAGAGUGAAUGAAAGGAAGGAAGGAAGGAACUAAAACUCCAUGACCUUGGCCUUGGCUCCACCCUCUGCAACUGGACCCUCAGCUUCCUGAUCAAUAGGCUGCAAUCAGUGAGGGUAGGUAACUGCACCUCCUCCACAAUAACACUCAACACUGGACACCCCCCCCCCCCACCAAGAAUGCAUCAUUAGCCCCCUACUGUACUCCCUGUACACCUUCCAGUGUGUUGCCAAAUUCUGAAGGAACGCCAUCUACAAGUUCACUGACCACACCAAUGUAGUGGGACAGACAUCUAGCAACGACGAGUCAACAUACAGGAGGGAGAUAGAGGGCUUGGUGAUGUGAUGCAGUGAAAACAAUCUGCCUCUCAACACCAGCAAAACUAAAGAACUGAUCAUCAACUUCAGAACGAAAGGAACAGAACACACCCCCAUCUACAUCAAUGGAACUGAGGUUGAGGGGGUGAAGAGCAUCAAGUUCCUCAGAGUGACGAUAACCAAUGACCUGUCCUGGACUUCCCACGUAGAUGUAAUAGUCAAGAAGGUACAAGAAUGUCUCCUCUUCCUCAGGCGGCUCAGGAAAUUUGACAUGUCCAUAAGGUCUCUCACCAGUUUCUACAGAUGCACCAUUGAAAGCAUACUGUCUGUGUGCAUCAUGACCUGACACGGCAACUGCUCUGUUCAGGACCAUAAGAAACUACAGAAGGUGGUGUGCACAGCCCAAACCAUCACAGAAGCCGAUAUUCCAUUUGUGGACUCUAUUCACACGGCUCACUGCCACGGAAAGGAGGCCAACGUCAAAGACCCAUCGCACCCUCUUACCUCUUACAGCCUCUUCCAUCAGGCAGAAGAUACAGAAGCCUGAACACAUAGACGAGCAGGUUCAGGAACAGCUUGUUUCCAGCCAUUAUCAGACUGUUGAAUGGAUUUUAGACUCAAAUGAUGUAACCUGUAUGCCUCGAAGUCUUUUUGAUCUUUUCAUUCUUUACUUGCUAUGAUUUGUCUGUACUGCUCGUAAACAAAGUUUUUCAUUGAUUUUAUUGUCACAUUUACCAAAAUACAAUCAAUGAAUGUUUGGAAUAAUCUAAUAGGAACAAAAACACUUGGGUUUUCUUUUCUUUGGCUUGAUUUCCCAAAUAGUUUAGUCACAAUGAUCAAACUCAAGUGGAAGAUCAACUGUGUGCAAUUUUCCGUUGUCAACUCCUACUUAUUUGUAACUACAAAUACAACUUAGGACAUUUGGCUUAAUGUUUGGGCUAUAACAUUAUGUUUGACGUGAAGUUUAAAGAGGAUAGAAAAUGUUAGAUGGAAAUAAAAAAUUCAUGCUGUU